AUGGACUAUGUUGUUCUCAGUUCGGCGGAGCUUAUCUUGUGGAGGGAGAAGGCCGCACCCACUAUACGCAAGGUGACGGAUCUACUCCUACGCGGCGGUGCCGUUGGUUAUCUGGAUAUGGAACGCUUGCUUCAUAAGGGUUGCGAAGAGGACUCCAAAAUAAGCAAUGUCGAACGACGCAUCAAUCCCGUUGCAUUCAAGGCGAUUGUGAGCAAAUGUGGGGUGCUGCUUGCAUCAGAGGAGUACAAGAACCUUCGAACGGCGUACUCCGAUGAGGGUGGUUUUCUUGUUGACGAGUUUCUGGACCUUGUGCGCCCAUCAAGAAUACUUGGCACCCGUGAAUUGAACAUUCUACAGGGUAUGUGCGCCGAUGUUAGCAGUGAUUUCCCCAGUAUCAGCCUCGAUGACUUGCUGAGGACACUGGGGGAGGCGCUAGCAAUCGGUCAUGCCGCACCAACACCGAUCUUUGCUUCUGCUCUGAUGGAGUCGCAGAUGGUGUUUACACUAGCGCGUUACCCCAAAGGACUUGUACCGCCGCAGGACGUGGUGAACUUCUUCGCUGCUGUUUUGCUCAACAACCCCGGUGCAGGCGAUCCACUUCUUGAGCGUCUUGUGNCUGUGAAGCUGGCAUCUGCGGCGCCCCCGUGCGAUGCCGCAAAGACGUUUUUUCUUGUGCCCGGCUCGUGCUCCUCGCAGCGUUGGGCGCGUGGCUACGAGUACUACACAGACCGCGACAACCGAGAUGAGUGGAUCCGCGGGCGGGAGGAAGCGCCGGCGCGGCCCAUGUACCUGCGCCACUUGCCCGGCUACCAGGGCCACCUGCCGACGUUUUGCUCCAAGUUUGGCCGCUCCUUCCACCCGAUAGAGGAGUCGAUGCCAGAGCUCUCGCAGCCGAAGCGGCAGUUCGCCCCUGCUCCCGCCGAUUGCUACGGCCCCGGUGUGGAGUUGCGGGGAAGCCGACUGGGUCGGCACAACUUCAAGCUUGCCUAG